AUGUCCGAUCAGCAAGGAAGAAAUGAGAAGAGAACCACAACUGCUUACAAUAACCCACACAUAACCAUCGAGUUGGAGGGGAAGCAGGAAGUUGGGAAGUUUUGGCCGAGGGAUGUCUCCAAGCAGCUGAGCGGUAUGUACAACAUCAAACUGAAGCAUCUCUACUCCUCAAAGCAAGAGGAAUAG